CCACCUCCUGAUGAACCUCAGCCCUCUUCUUCAAGAAUCACUCGUCCUUGGCUCCCUGCACCCCCUCCAUCACAGCAGGCAACCUCCUACCAAUCGGGCGGAGUUCCGACAUGGAACACAUCCAUGGCCGGCGGAGCGGGGGCAGCUGAGGAAUCCGAAGAGCAGCAGAGCCAGUGGGAGACACGAUACAACACACGAGUCGACGUUCUAUCCGCGUUCGCAUAUAUUCUUGGACCAUUGUCUGCGCUGUUUCUACUUAUAACGGAGACGAAAAAUGAUUAUGUCCGGUUUCAUGCGUAUCAGUCUGCUCUACUCACAACGCCCUUGCUUCUACUCCGCGUAAUGACAUCGCUGUUGGGGCUUCCCUCCUCUCUACGCACGCUCUUUACCCUGCUCCUCGUUGCACCUGCAUCAUUCAUGGCGUAUCAAGCAUACAAGGGUGCGGCCCAGGAUGGCUUGUACCGGUUUCAUAUCCCAUCAAUAGGGCAACUCGCGGAACAAUGGCUACAGGAGGAAUGA